UUUAUAAACGUACCACAAUGAUCUAACCUGCUUCAAGGAAUAACAAUUUCCACUAUGCCCAGCACUGGAUUUAAAAAGUGAUGUGCAAGGCUCUGAGCAAACGCACUCAGUGGGAAAUGGAAGGAUUGAGAGUAGGAGAAGGGUCCUCCAGUAAUCAGUGCAGGAAUUUCCUUUCUUCCCCUGGCGUUUUUGGCACUCCCUCUAGCAGAUCUGUGUCAGCAUUAGCCUAUCCUGGUGCCGAGCGCUCCAGCUCCACACGCUCUGAGUCCACCAAAGAAGGUUCCACUUGUCCUGGUUCCACUGCACCCUCUGCCCCCUCCCUGGGGUAUGGAUAUCAUUUCGGAAAUGGAUACUACAGUUGUCGUAUGUCCCAUGGAGUUGGUCUUCAGCAGCCCCCUCUAAAGACUUCCAGCCACGCUUCGUUAGGAGGUUUCCCAGUAGAGAAAUACAUGGACGUGUCCAGCUUAGCAAGUACCAGUGUUUCCAGCAAUGAAGUAUCGUCAAGAGCUAAGGAAAUGUCGUAUUUUCAGGGUUAUACCAAUCCCUAUCAGCACGUCCCAGGGUAUUUGGACAUGGUGUCAACAUUUAGUUCUGGGGAACCUAGGCACGAGGCAUACAUAUCUAUGGAGGGCUAUCAGUCAUGGACUCUAGCUAAUGGCUGGAACGGCCAGGUUUACUGUGCAAAAGAUCAGCCACAAGCCUCACAUUUUUGGAAGUCAUCUUUUCCAGGAGACGUUGCACUGAACCAGCCAGACAUGUGUGUCUACAGACGUGGGAGGAAGAAAAGGGUGCCCUACACAAAACUUCAACUUAAAGAACUUGAGAACGAAUAUGCCAUUAACAAGUUCAUUAACAAAGACAAGAGACGACGAAUAUCAGCAACCACCAGCCUGUCAGAGAGACAGGUCACCAUAUGGUUCCAAAACAGAAGAGUAAAGGACAAAAAAAUUGUAGCUAAACUGAAGGACACCAUUUCUUGAUCUGUAUCCUACAGAAAAAAAACUUUUAAAAACUUUAAACUAUUUAAUAUUAAAUAUGUGACUUGCUCAGCAAACGUCCAUAUUAUUUUAACUCCAAGUAUGUGACUUCAACUAUUUCGUCCAUAUUUCUUUUUUUAUUAUUUGAAAUUCCAAGUUAUGAAGUUAAUAACGUGUAUGUAAUUAUUCUAAUUAUCCUCCAGUUUCAGCAUUUGGAAACACGCUGUAUUAUUUCUCAGGAACCACUUAUUCAGCAUUUUCUGACAUUUCACCCACUUCCAAGCAGGGUUGUCAUCCCUACAUGCUUGGAUUUUUUUUUAUUUUAUUUUUUUGCAUGUAAUUAAUUUCGCUUUGUUUGUGUUUUUAUCUUCAUACUCUGAGAUUUAUUAUUCAUAUCUAUAUGUUCUUUUGCUAUAUGGAUAAAUCAUUUUAUGUUGGUUCCUUUUUUCUCGAAUAACACAAGUUUUGUUUUCUAUUUUUCUUUUUAAACAACAAAUUUAAUAUGUUUUUAUAUCACGAGUUUGUUUUUUUGAAGACAACAUUCUGGUUGAAUUGUCACAUUAAAGUUUUGUUUGGUGAGUGCCUAUACCUGUGGGAAUACAAUUGUUGCCCUAUA